CCGAGCGCGCCCGAAGCGGAGCCGAGCGGGCGCGAUGGCGGCGACGCCGCCGCCCAAGCCCUGGGAGUCCCGGCGCCUGGCGGGCACCGCGCCCGCCUUCCAGUCUGCUGACUUGGGUGACAACAUGCUGACCAGACCCGGACAACCCGCCGUGGCACGGAUACCUCCACCCAUUUUGCCAAGACCAUCCCAGCAAACAGGAAGCAGCAGUCUGAGCACCUUCAGGCCAGCUUAUAGUGGUUCUUUCUCUCCAGCCUAUGGUUCAUAUGGAACCUCUUUCUAUGGAAGCUACAGCCCUUACAGCUACGGAUACGGUGGGCUGGGGUAUAACCGGUUCUGUGCCGAUGGCCUUCCCCCCAGCAGGUUUGUGCAGCAGGCUGAGGAGAGCAGCAGGGGGGCUUUCCAGUCCAUCGAGAGCAUCGUGCAUGCCUUUGCCUCGGUCAGCAUGAUGAUGGAUGCCACCUUCUCAGCUGUCUACAACAGCUUCAGGGCUGUGCUGGACGUGGCCAACCACUUCUCCCGCCUCAAAAUCCACUUCACCAAGGUGUUUUCGGCUUUUGCUUUGGUGAGAACUAUAAGGUACCUCUACCAACGGCUGCAGCGGCUGCUGGGGCUGAGGAACAGCUCUGAGAACGAGGAUUUGUGGGCUGAGAGUGAGGGCAAAGUGGCUCGUGUCGGCCUUGAAGACAAGAUGGGAAACUCUGCAAAGUCCUGGCCCAUUUUCCUGUUCUUUGCUGUUAUAAUGGGAGGGCCCUACCUGAUUUGGAAGCUGCUUUCUACAUACAGUGAUGAAGAAACAGUGUCCAGUAACUGGGCUAGUGGAGAAGAUGACCACGUAGUUGGAAGAGCAGAAUAUGAUUUCAAUGCUCUCUCAGAAGAAGAAAUUUCUUUCCGUGCUGGUGACAUGCUAAAAUUAGCACCCAAAGAACAGCAACCCAAAAUCCGUGGUUGGCUCCUGGCCAGUUAUGAUGGCCAAACAACAGGACUUGUGCCAGCUAAUUACAUCAAAAUCCUGGGCAAAAGAAGAGGUAGGAGAACAGUGGACCUGGAAAAGAUUCCUGAGCAACGUCCAGCCUUUCCCAGCACACCUGGUGGAGGAGCCACUGCUGCUGUGACUUUGGAGGAGCAGGAAGCUGCUUUUGAAACUGUUUUUGCUGGCAGUAAUAAAGUUCCCGUUGCAUCCGACUCCGCUGUGGGCAGUGGAGAGAAACAGGAACUCUGAUGCACUUUGAUCAACAAAGCAACUGAACUGUGCUUUACUGAUGCAACUUUAGGGACUGCUGGAAAUGUGGUUUGUAGUGGAACACUGAUGGGCACGCACCAGUGAUUGCUGCUACUGGCUGGUGAAGGGGUGGAGAAGUGAUUGCUCCAAUCUGUACUAUUUAUUUUUGACUCAUCUGAGGCUGUACAUUAGUGAUUCUGUCCAACCACCUGGCAGCCACUCCUGAGAGCUUGAGAUAAGGAGGGUUGAAGCAUUUAUAACAAAGCAAACAAAGGAAAACAAUAGGGACUGCCCUGUUAAAGAGACAAACUGUUGGUGAAAUGGGGGAUUAACACCCAGUCCCCAUUAGAGUAUUGGCUUGACAGGAGGCCCCUUCAAUGGAUGUGCAAAGGGAAGAUUCAUUUCUGUGAGGUGUCCUCCAAAACUGCACACUGAGGGCUGUGCAAAAGUAAUGGCACAUUGUUUCCCUCUGAAAGGUGGGAGAACUGCAAGAGAUUUAGGAGACCCAAUUGAAUGGUUACAAGUUUUAAAUUACUGUCAUAAAGAGUUCAGCUCUUAGAAAAAAGGGAUUUGUGAGGAAGGGAGGAGAAACGAGUUUACAGGGGAAGAGCAGUGAGGCUUCACCAGUAGUUCUAAGCAGUUCUAUUUUGUUUAUUAAAAGGAAUUUGAAUAAAGGGUAUUCUGCAGUCAGGCACUUAUUAGUUGUCACUCCCUUCUGUGAUGAACUAACUUUGCAUCACACUUGGCCAUUUUGUGUUGUAGCCUGUUAGCUGCCCAUCCAUAGUCCACCACCUGCAUCUCCACUUAUUUCUGCUCUUCAUUGGUUUUAUAUGAAUGUCAAAAUACCUCUCCUGCCUUUUAGUGCAGAAGGAAAGCAUUGCUUUGGGGGAAGUUGAAAGGAAUUGGAGCAGCAAAGAAAAAGUAACAUUUCUUGCUUAAUUAUCUCGGCAAAGGAAGGUCUUGGAGUUGGACAAACUCCCUGUGCUGCCUUUCAGGUGGUAAAUUUUGCAUCUGCCCAUAACAUUUGAGGGCUCCAGUUUAUCAAAAGCCAUAAAAAUAUUCAGACUGUUCAGAGUAUUUAGUAUUUUCUUCAUAUUGGUGUUUGAGAAUUCUGUCCUGAAAUACCAUUCUGUUAUUUUUUUUUUUUGUUAAAUGAAGCAAAGGUAAUUAAAACAUUUUUCCUCGUAGUAUGGAUGUAUUACAUGUUGAACUUCUGAAGGUCACAUCAAUGGAUUAAAUAACUCGAGUUUGUCUUAAUCAUUAAAAUAGCUUUUUUAGUUAAAGGUUCUCAAAAGUAUAAGUAGGGAACAUACCUUUGAGUAGUUCCAGUUUGACCUACUGAGAUCUUCCACACCCAUUAUGUGUUAGCAAAGCUUUCAGUUUUGAUUGCAUUUGCUGGCCUUGAGUUUGUAGAAGUCUGCUCACCACAACAAAACUCUGAAGUGAGCACAAUUUUCAUGAGGUAGAGUGGCUGAAAAGACAGAUAUCAUGCUGGAACCUUGGAUUUUUAAAGUAAUCUCUGAAUGCCUGUUGUUGGUAGAGCAAGAAUUUUAAGUGGUUGUGCUCAGGUAUUGGGAGAUGGUGAUUUGAAUAAUUUAUACUAAAUUUUUAGAUUUUCAGGUGCAGAGUAGUUAAAGGGCAAGUGAGAAACUUGGAACUAGUUUUAAUAGGCCUAAAACAGAACAUGGUCCUGAGAUGUUUCCCUAUGUACCAGGCAUAGAAGAAAAUUAUCCAUAUUUGGAAAUCCUAUCUGCUGUUGCAGUGAAAACAGCAGAAAAAAUUCUGAAAUGUAAAAUCUAGAGAGGAAAAAGGGGGGGAAGGAGUAGAAAGAGUUCAGUUCUGUUUGCAGUGUGUAUCCCUGGAGGGAAUUAAUUUGCUGUAUGAGGUUUAAUUAAUGGACUGUCAGCCUCUCUUGUGUCAGUGAAAGAUUUCAUUCAGAGGAAGAGUCUUUAAAUAAAUUAAUAAAUAAACCCCUAACUUUUUUAUUGUAGAGUAUCCAUUUAAGUAGAUUUUUUUUGUUUUUCUGUUUUCUGGCUCACAACAAGAUGAAGACAGUGCCAUGAUGGAUGUUUGUGGGAAUGUUUAAAUCUUACUGAUUUUUAGUAAGAUGAAUUUAAUUUCUCUUUCAGGUCAUACUAUUGAAAACAGUUAUUUUAGUAGGAACAUGGAUUAUUCAAAACUUAACUGACUUUUCCUUACAGUAGUUUGACUUAACCUACCAGUCACUAACUGUCAUCAUUGUAUCUGUUAAAUCUCAACAGGAAUUUUAGUCCUUUCAAUCUUGCAAUUACUUUCAUUGGAAAAAGAGGCUCUAAGGAAAUUAAGUUACUUAUUUUACUCCCAAUUAAUUGUACUGAUUGCAGGAGGGUAUUAAAGUUUACUGAAGUAAAGUAUAUACUGUCCUUUAAGGUUUUGGUUUUCUUUUUUUUAAUGCACAAAGUAGUAUCAGGUUAAAAAAAAAAAAGUGAGUCCUACAAUUCAUUGUCUGUUUUUGUCCAUGUGUCAGGCCACAGAAAAAAACCACCUAAAUGAACCCUGAGUGGAAAAGGAAGGCUGGUGGACAGGCUGCUCAAGACUUACCCAACUUUAGGAAGGGGAGAAGACUGAAAGGAGCAGGUGUGGCUGCACCAGGAGUGUGUGGAAGAGGAAAGCAGAAAAGAGAGGUUGAAAUAUUGCUUAACUUCUGCAUUAGGCAAUCAGCUCUUUUUUUUUUUUUUGGAGGUCUGCACAUACUAAGUUAGCUUUAUGUUGUUCUUUGGAACUGCUUAUAUUCUUGUAGCAGACCUGAAAGUCUGGAACAGAACAUUUUUUUAUAUAAGGUUUUAGUUUAUUCUUCCUUUAGUCUUAUUGAUGCUGUUUAUCAACCACUUUCUGCUUGAACACUGUGAGCUACAGGUGCCAGUUCUGAGUGCAAGCAGAACAUGAACAUACACAUGCUCAAAAAGGUUCCUGAGUAAUAAAUUUAAAAUACUCUGUUCGUCUGGGAAAACUUAAUAAAUUGCCCACUUUUGCA